UCUUCGCAUCGAAAGCUCCGCUGCGGAGCUGAGAAAAUACAUUUAAUUCCCAUUUCAAGUGCAGCUUGUGGCCAGGAAUUUCAAGUUUGUUUGUUUAAAUUCUGAAUGCCAGUGUGUGAGUGCCAAAAAACAACGAGAAAUCCCUAAAAAGCAAAUAUCAAAUGUUAAGCCAUUAAGCCUGGAGAUUAAGUGCAUAGUUAGAGUGAAUAAAUAAUUUAGUCGAGGCAAAAUACAAAGCCAUGGAAACUGCAGCGAAUUCGGGCGACUCCAAAAAGCCUUUCAAAGUCAAGGACGUAACUCGCAACAUUAAGAAGGCUGUCUGCGCCUCCAGUCUGGAGGAGAUUCGCAGCAAGGUGGCGGAGAAGUUCGAGAAGUGCGACCACCUGCCCACUAUCCACCUAGACUCCGAUGGCACGGAGAUCGACGACGAGGAGUACUUCCGCACCCUUGACGAGAACACGGAACUGGUGGCUGUCUUUCCAGGAGAACAUUGGAUUGAUCCCACGCACUACGUGACCAUAACCACUCCACAUGGCAACGAGAGCGGAACUGGAAAUGGGGAUCCCGCUGCCGGAGGCGAAGGCGACACCACCGAUGCCAACAACUCGGAGUCGGCACGCAUCCGGCAGCUGGUGGGUCAGCUGCAGAACAAUCUAUGCAACGUGUCCGUGAUGAACGAUGCCGACCUGGACUCACUGUCCAACAUGGAUCCUAAUUCGUUGGUGGACAUUACGGGUAAAGAGUUUAUGGAGCAGCUCAAGGAUGCGGGAAGGCCACUUUGUGCCAAGCGGAAUGCUGAGGACCGUCUGAAUCUAUUAAAGCUGCUGAAGGCUGGAGCCAUAUUCUGCUCGGAACGCUAUCCGGAAGAUGCGGAGGCCAUUGACCGGGAGAUUGGACGCCAGUUGAACGAGGCGGAGAGUGGACAGAUGAGCACCACAACAACCAGUAAUACUCGUACCAUCGAGGUAGUGCAAUGUGACAAUCAGAAUACGACGAUAACGAUUACGGUGGGUGAGGCCACCACCACUUGCUCUGCGGCCAGUGCAGCAUUGGGAUCCUCAGCUGCCGAAGUGGCGGCCAACGAGGCUAAUGCCAAUCCAAGUAGGAAUCCAAAUGCCAAUGGAGAUAUCUGACUGCCCAUUUUGGGCAGCCUAAGGUGAAGUCUGCCGGUGGAGGAUUAAAAAAAUGGAAGUGAAGAGUGGAAAUCAAAAUCAAGAUCCAUGAGGAUAUACCGACGACAUCAGUCCUGCAACAUUGGGUUAACAUAAAUCGUAUUUGUAGCAUGUAAUUAGGCGCACUGCGAAAUCAGAAAUCGGAGACAAAAUCAAGCGAGAACAAAGUCACAGAGGAUAAAUGCUUCAUAGUAUCUAAGAGCAAAUGAAAGUUAACGAACAAUACACGUACUAGAUUUAAACACACUCAUACACACAUAGGAACACAAGGCAAGGAGUUCAAAAGGUCACAACCAAAACAGAUUUGAAGAGUCUUUUAGCAAUCACAGUCAGAGGAAGCAUAUUUAACCGUAUAUAUACACACACAAGCCACACCACAAGCCGUACUAGAUGAAUAAUAAUCAAAGUUUAGCGAUUUAAGUAUUAUAUCUGAGGUAGAACCCCAGGCGUAGGCAAAUAAUAAAUACCAGAGUGAACCCGAAAUGAACCCGAAUUGGAUUGGAAGCAGGUCCCAGGAACACUGUUGAUUUGCUUGCCGUGUAAAUUGUGUUACGAAGUUAGUAGUUAGUAUGGAAACGCACAUCAAAAAUUGUUUUUAGACCAAUGCCAUUGUGAAUGUCAUUCGUUAAAGGCCAAUUGAGACUGACUGUAUUUAUGUGUAAUAGGUUUUUUUGUGUCGUGGUUUGAGCGGUUCGGGACGGUUUGGUUUGGAUGCUUCUGCCCAAUCCUCCCUGUCCCCCAACCCCUUUUUCCGCCGCCCCCUCGAAUCUAUAGCCAAAAAAUGAAUUUAAGCAACAGCAAAAAACAUUGUUAGCAAAUUAAACAAUAACAGAAACACAAUAACGGAAACUGCAAUUGCCCAUUUAAAGUUGGUAACUGUCUACAAUUCGAAUAAGCAAUAAGGGAAACCGUUAACGAAAACCAAAACGACAACCAAAUGCAAACGGAAAACAAUUAUUAAAUAUAGUGAAAGGCAUACAGUAAAUGCAAGAUACGAAAUAUAUAUAAAAAACCACAACAAUCCCGAAGCAAACUAUAUACACGGAAAAAAGUAAUAAAUAAAUAAAUAUUAAAACGCAAA